AUGAGCGGCAGAGGUAAAACCGGCGGUAAAGCGAGAGCGAAGGCUAAGACUCGCUCAUCCAGGGCGGGACUGCAGUUCCCCGUCGGUCGUGUGCACAGACUGCUCCGCAAAGGAAACUACGCUGAGCGCGUCGGCGCCGGUGCUCCGGUGUAUCUGGCCGCUGUGCUCGAGUAUCUCACCGCUGAGAUCCUGGAGUUGGCCGGAAACGCCGCUCGGGACAACAAGAAGACCCGUAUCAUUCCCCGUCACCUGCAGCUGGCAGUGCGGAACGACGAGGAGUUGAACAAACUCUUGGGUGGAGUGACCAUCGCUCAGGGUGGGGUGCUGCCCAACAUCCAGGCUGUGCUGCUGCCCAAGAAGACCGAGAAACCCGUGAAGACCAAGUAA